AUGGGGCCCCUGUCAUGGGUUCGCCCAAGCGGUCGGAUCUCCUUUUAUCACGCCAAGGACAAUAACCUUCUGUUAUCCAGGGUCGGGAAAUCAGGCGCUAAAGAACAAACUUCCCUCGUGGAUAUCUGCCGCGAUGCGACUCCUGACACCUGUCAUCUCAAUCCGUUGCUCUUCAACGGCCACCUGCAGACCGGCUGGACCGUGUUGAAACAUGAUAAUGUUCCGGUUUACUAUAAGCGGAAGAUGUUCGAAUCAGAAACUCCGAUGUUCACGGGACAAUAUGCGAUCGACUUUGUCGUAAAGCCCUAUGACAUGCCUGCCGAGGGUGAGCUGACUGACAAGGAGAGGAAGUAUACACAGCCCUCUGGCCUGCCGCCUCGCACAUCUUUCUAUUCUCAGGCCGAAGUCGCCGAUCUUCCAUCGGAUGACACCAAACCGAUGCUGGUCGUUCUGCAUGGCUUGAGUGGUGGUUCUCAUGAAAUUUACCUGCGAAGCGUCCUAAAGCCCCUUGUUGAGGAUGGCUCGUGGGAAGCUUGUGUGGUCAACUCAAGAGGUUGUUCGCAUACAAAAAUUAGCACGGGUGUUCUCUACAAUGCGAGAGCAACCUGGGAUGUCCGUCAGUCUGUGAAGUGGCUUCGCAAGACAUUCCCUAAUCGCCCACUCUAUGCUAUCGGUUUCUCACUUGGGGCUAACAUUCUCGCCAAUUAUCUCGGAGAGGAAGGCGAUGAUUGUGAAAUCAAAGCAGCUGUGAUCUGUGCCAGUCCAUGGAACUUGGAUAUCAGCUCAGCUACCCUGCAGCAGACCUGGAUCGGCCGGGAAGUAUACAGCAAGACCAUGGGGACUAGUAUGAAAACGCUAUUUGAACAACACGUUGACCAAAUCUCUCACAACCCGCGUGUCGAUAUUGAGGCUGUGAGGAACACCACUUACUUGCAUGAAUUUGAUCGAGCCUUGCAAUGCCCGACUUGGGGUUAUCCUACCGAAGGCGCAUACUACCGUGACGCAGCAUCGACGGAUAUGAUGCUUAAUAUUCGUAUCCCAUUUAUGUGUAUCCAGGCAGAAGAUGAUCCUAUUGCUUCACGCGAGGCAUUGCCAUUCCAAGAAAUGACCCAGACCCCAUAUGGAGUCAUGAUGACCACCUCAUGGGGUGGUCAUCUAGGUUGGUUUGAACUUGGUGGAUCUCGGUGGUUUGUUAAGCCAGUGAACAACUUCUUGAAUAAGAUGGCCAAAGAAAUUGACCCCAAUAGCCCCGGAGUAGUAGAGCACCCGGAGAGGCUACCUGGACGAAUUGCAAACCACCCCGGCUUGGGUAAAGAUGAUGACCUGGCACCUAAGCCCGAAUAUAGCACUCUGCGCCGCAGGCUUGACAUGAAGUUGGAGCUGCAAAUUUAA